ACCGGACCCUCUUCUACCGGACCUCCUUCUACCGGACCUCUUCUACCGGACCGCCUUCUACCGGACCUCUUCUACCGGACCUCCUUCUCCGGGACAACAUGUCUCUCCGCCGCCUCUGCGCUGCUCCGGGCCGGCUGUCUGUGUGCUGCUGGCUGCUGCUGGUAACUGGAACACUCGGUGUCAAAGUGUUCGUCAAGGAAGGGAGCGACGCCUCCUUACCUUGUUCCCUCACCGAGGACGUCACGGCCGCCCUGUUCGACUGGAGGAAGGUGGCUCACGGAGACCAGCAGCAGAAGGAGGUCUUCUUCCACCAGGCGGCUUCUCACUACAACAACGGCCUUCGUGGUCAGAACGAGGAGUUCAAAGGCCGAGUCUCGUUCUUUGAAGAUGAGCUGAAACACGGCAACGCCUCCAUCGUCAUCAGAAACGCCAAGAUGGCCGACGAUGGAAACUACACCUGUGCUUUUCCGCUUCUUCAGACGCCUCAAAUCUUCUACGUCGAGCUGGUCGUGGAUCUCCCCUUUAAAGACCGGUCAGCAGAAAGCUCAGUUGCGACUCCAGAGCCAUUCGUCAGGGCGCUGGAUGCUGGAGGGGACCGGUCCCUGUUGCACUGCGAGGUUCGAGGAGCGUCUCCAGAACCUAAAGUGGAGUGGCAGGACGGCCACGGGAACCCACUUCCUGCUGAGGCGCAGGUCUCGGAGACAGGAAGCGGCUACGACGUCACUGUCAACGUCACGGUGAACAAGACGGACCUCUAUCGCUGUGUGGUGGAGCAGGAAGCCAUCAAGCACCGGAUCGCCGCAGAGACCUUUGUGCACAUCUGUGAGAAAGCGUGCGAAGACUCGUCCAGUAAAGUGUCCGUCGGAUGGUCGGCUCUCACAUUUGCUUUUGGAGUUUUCAGUGUUCUUGCAGUUCAAACUCUGCUUGUCUUCGGGAAGUGCGUCACAAUACGCCGCAAUACCAGUCAUCGACAGCAGGAAAAUGAUCUGGAAAUCCAGGGAACCGGUCUGAAAAUCCAGGGAACCGGUCUGAAAAUCCAGGGAACCGGUCUGAAAAUCCAGGGAACCGGUCUGAAAAACAGUCUGGGAAACCAAGGAACCGGUCUGGGAAACGGUCUAGAACACCAGGGAACCGGUCUGGGAAACCAAGGAACCGGUCUGGGAAACGGUCUAGAACACCAGGGAACCGGUCUGGGAAACCAAGGAACCGAUCUGGGAAACGGUCUAGAACACCAGGGAACCGGUCUAGAACACCAAGGAACCGGUCUGGGAAACGGUCUAGAACACAAGGGAACCGGUCUGGAACAUCAGGGAACCGGUCUGGAACACCAGGGAACCGGUCUAGAACACCAGGGAACCGGUCUAGAACACAAGAGAAACGGUGUGAUUUACAAGAAGUUGAACGGUUCGGAUACCCAGGAUGACGGUUCUGUUGUUGUGGACUCGUGAAACGUUGGUCGCAGUCCGAGUACUGUUCCAAUUCAAAAGUCUGCUACGGUCCAAACGCCCGGACGGGUUUGGAUCCGCCAUUCAGUUUUCUAAAUAGCGUCGAUACCA